AUCCACCAUCGACCACUGUAGUCCAGCACCAUCUUAUAUUCUGCCGACAUACUUAUUCUCCGACCAUAAACCCCUCCUCAACCCCUCACCACACUCACUCUAGCUCUCACUCCCUGUGCACACACCUCACUCUUCUCCUUCCUGCUGCUAGCUCUCUUCCACUUCCACUCUCAGCUAGCUAGCUCAUCCCCAUAGUCCAUAUGCUGAAUCUAGUAUCAUUUGAGACGCCGCCUCUCGGAAGGCAGGAGAGAUCAGCUAAUACUACCACUGUCACUGCAGCAGCGGCCAUCAGGGGAAAAAAGGAAGAAAGCUCCAGCAACACUUGCUUCCAUGGGCACCUGGACCUCAGUCUUGGCAUCUCCUUGUCUCAUGGCAGCGGCGGCGGCUGUGACGCAUCCAGCUGUGGCGGAAACAAGCAGGCGAGCUAUGGUGGUCGGCAGGGCAGCCGUGACGACAAGGACGAUGUUCGUUGCAUCACCACCGCCGCCGCCACAGCUGCAAAUGUGAUUACAGCAAGGCACGACCAUGUCGGUGAUUUGACAGCAUCAUCAGGAGGAGGUGGCUGGGCAGCGGCGUUCAUGCCGAGCCCGACCAGCUUCAUGCAUCCAUGGAGCCUCGCCGCACGGCAGCAGAAGGCUGCUGCGGAGCAAGACCGGACGCCGCCUACCACUUACAUGUCAAGUAAUGAUGACCGUGUGGCCACAUCACCGUCGGCCGUCGGCUGGCCGCCAGUGCACACCUCCCGGCGCAACAUCGUCACCGCCAUGCAAGUACCCAAGCCUACUGGCGCCACCGCCGCCGAUGGACCCGAAAGCACGACCACGACGCACGCCACAGCCGGCGGCGGCGAAAAGAAUGUGGCGCCGGCGCCGCCGACGGACAGCACGGUGGUGGCCACACUAAUACGGCCGCCGCCGGCGAACAUGUUCGCCAAGGUGCACAUGGAAGGAUACGCGAUUGGCAGGAAGAUCAACCUCAGGGCACAAGGCGGCUACGACUCGCUCUCCAGGGUGCUUACCAACAUGACAACAAACUUCUUUUGUCCCGCAGACUGUUCAGGUGCAGGCACGGGAGAAAAAGAUGUGCCUAAUAGUGACAAAUUCAUAUUUCUGUAUGAAGACUUUGAGGGUGACCGAAUGCUGGUUGGUGACGUCCCAUGGGAAUUAUUCCUAGCGUCUGCUAAAAGAUUGUACAUUGUCCGCAAUCCAGUAUCAAGUGACAAAGGUCAGGGUGAAGGUGACGGAAAAUAUAAAACCGAAAAAGCAACAAAUGACUGAAGGCACUCUUCAAGCAAGUGGUCACAAGGACACGAGCAUAUAUGCACUAUAUGCUUGCACAUCUCUUAAUUUGGCAAAUAUAGCUCCGAAUUACGUACUUUUCUUCUUGUACUAAUUAAGUGAGGUAGCUAGUAUCCACGUGAGUUAUAUGUUGCCGUUGUUGUUUCCUAAUCAAUGUGCAUAUAAUUUUGAUCGUUAUGUAAGAAAAAGAUCUAGAAAGGCAAAAACAUGCUGUCAGCAUUGGUCUCAACAGUGAUAAAUAAGGCAGGUAUAUGACUUUGUUGACCACAUUGUGUUUAUCAUGUCACUCCCUUUUUAAUAUCAUCUUGCAUACCAACUCAGUAUUUUGUGACACCAAACCCUAAAAACUGAAAUCCUAGAUGGCUUUUGAUCCUGGACUAACGAUUUAGUUUUCUUUACUUCGGUCAUCAUCCUUAGUUAAUCAAGCAGCCUGAAUAGCUCUGAACCAUGUUUGAUUAGGCCAAGGUUUAACAUGGUACCUGAGAGCUUGCCUAGGGCUUCUCAUUUUGCUAUGCUACCAUCCAUAAGCUAUUCCACCCACCUAUAGAAACAUUAAACAUAUCAAAGUAUUUUUCUGCUUUUUCUUUCCAUACGUUUAGGCAUCAAAUUUGGGAAAAAUAGAUUUAGGCAGGCGAGGUUCACGCAAAGGAUGCAUAGGAUAGUAUGGAUUCAUAUCACGAGAUUCAGGAACCUGAGAAGCAGACACAGUGUACUAACCACUAGCUAGGGGGUUGAUGAAAGACCAUGGCCCUUG